UUGACCUCCCACGUGUGCUUCUACUUUCAUUUCAUCUGGAAGCUCACGAGGAUGGCAUUUCGAUUUAAUUUUCCAAAUCCGGAUAACCCUACUGAUAACGGUAGCGGCAAAGAUGAUCUAGUGAAAGGUGAAGAUGAGGAGCCAGACACUUCAAACAAGGAACACGCUAAAGAAAUAUUUCUGAAGGAUAAUGAUGUUGACAUGCCAGAAGAUGUCACGGCCACCAUACACACAUUCGGUGAUGUAGAAGUUCACUGUUAUGACAGCGAGUCUGUGGAGGAGUACUUGUGCAGAAAAAGACCACAAUCAUCAAACUUUGUCACAGCAGUGUCCGCUCAUUCUGAUCUAGUCCCAGAUAAGUAUGAAGGAGGCCUUACCGUGUGGGAGUGUUCAUUAGACCUGGCUGAGUACUUGACAACCAAUAAGUCGCAAGUACAAAAUAAAGCUGUUUUGGAGCUCGGCUGUGGAGCUGGUAUUCCUGGUUUAUGUGCUAUGCAGUGUGGUGCAUCGGAAGUACAUUUCCAAGAUUAUAAUUCUGAGGUUUUAGAAUACUUUACAAUCCAGAAUGUCCGCCUACAUGAGACAUGUUGUCAUUGUCGUUUCAUCUCUGGAGACUGGUCAUACUUUCAUGAAAUUAUAAGACAGCAAAAAUAUGAUGUGAUACUAUCAGCAGAAACUAUUUAUAACCCUGACAACUACAAAAGUCUCCACGCUGUAUUUCAACAAUGUUUAUCUAAAGAUGGUGUAAUAUAUCUGGCAGCAAAGACACACUACUUUGGUGUCGGGGGAGGGGUCCAUCUGUUUGAGGAGUUUGUUAAAAAAGAGGGAUGUUUUCGUACAGAAGUGGCCCUUACUAUAAGUACAGAAGUUCCUAGAGUGAUACUAAAACUGACAUGGAAGGAGGGUCAACUAUGAAACAAAUUCUAUUCACUAAAACUCAAAUAUAAAUGGAAUUCUAAUAAAAACAAAAAUGCUGAAAACUAA